AUGAAGAUUACCACUUGGAACGUCAGGGGUCUCUCUACCCCUGACAAAAGAUGCUUGGUAAAACGAGCGCUUUGUAGAAGUAACAACGAAAUCAUCAUCUUUCAGGAAACAAAACUUAAUUUAGAGCAGUCGUCUAGUUUUAUAAAUUAUUGUAAAGGGUGGGAGGGAGCAUUUCAAGAAGCUAAGGGUGCGGCGGGAGGUCUCGGAAUCGUCUGGAAUCCUACUUUAGUCCAAGUCACCCUGUUAGAGAAAGCUGAGAAUUGGAUGAUGUGUAAUGUGAUUCACGUAAAGGAGAAUGUGGAAUUUCCUUUAAUCAAUGUAUAUGGGCCAAUGAAAACCAUGGAAAAGGUCCAUGUUUGGAGCGUCCUCUCUGAAAAAAUUCUUUUAUUGAAUAAUGAAAGAUUAGUUGUGGCUGGAGAUUUUAAUGCAUUGCUUGACUUAGACGAGAAAAAGGGUGGAUUGAGGAUGUCUAACAAGGUGAUGGAAGACUUUCGGGACUUUGUGGCUCAGAAUCAUUUGAUGGAUGUUGUACCAAAUAAUGGUUUAUUUACAUGGACUAAUCGCAGGGCCAAUUUCGCACACAUUUUGGAAAGAUUGGACAAACACUUUAUAGGAAGUUACUGGGUAGAGUCAUCAUUUUAG